AUGAAUUACUUUUUAUUAAUUUCAAUUUUUCUCAUCUAUCUGAAUCAACUUCAUGCCCAAAAAAGCGGCCUGCUCAAUGUUCCGCCAACACCAGAGACGCUAUUGGAUUACGGAGAAGCGCAGGAAGAAAAUACGGUAGCGCCAGAUGACCAACACGCUGGUAUCGAUAAUGUGAUACCCGAGGAAUCGCACGGCGAGACAAUCGGAGCCGAGGAUUUGGUGACCGGAGAGCCGGAGGCCUCAACGACGCAAAAGGCGAAGAGGAAAACGGAAACGAUGGGACCAUUCGAAGAAACCGCUGAGAAAUACGUGACAGAUGACAGAGGUGAAACAAUUGGCGGACUUGCCACCGUAGAAAGAGCGGUAACAGGUCAUACAGGCGUUGCUACUGAUGAAAAUCUUGUUACCGAUGAUCAAAUACAAUUCGCUACCGGUGCACCGGAAGCAUCGACGUAUAAGCAAGAUCCGGCUAAUCCAUCGGUGUCGCCGGCAGAUGGUUAUUCUACAGCUGAACUGCCUGAUUCGAGUCGAUGGACCACAAAAACGGCAAGACCAAUCACGAUCACGCAGAAGAUUGAUCAAGAGAGCAACGGCUACAAGUGUUUGGUGAAUAUGCUCGAACAGUUCGCAACAAAUCGGCAACGGUUUCCCAAAAGACAUACAUCGACAUGA